UUAUUACUAAAGAAGAAAUUGUUGGUUUGUUUGGCGAUGAUGUCAAGUUUUAUCCAAUCAGCGAUUGCCAUCCAGUCCAUUUAUACCGUCCUCUAUUGUAAAUUACAGUGUACGUGUGUGUGCGCUAGCUCAAAAAGUCAGUGUUUUCUUUACCAAUAUGGCUGUGUCAUCUGGGCCUUCUGCUGUGCUGUCAUCAUUACUGAUGCUACUUUUGUUUGCUGGAAUGCAAGUAUUUAAAGUACAACUAGCCUCCUCUGAGCUCAUGACUAUCCUUGGCGGCUUCCUCGGAUCGUUGCUUUUUAUUCUCGGUCUCACUGCCAUGAACAACGUAGAAAAUGCUUUAUUCGGUAAAGGAUUCCAAGCAAAAAUAUUUCCAGAAGUUGUCAUUUGCCUUUUAGGUGCCUGUUUUGCUUCUGCCCUUGUCCACAGAGUGUGUAUAACAACAUGUUUCAUAUUUUCUUUAGUGGAGCUGUACUAUAUUAACAAGAUUUCUGCUACCAAGUAUGCACCUCCUGUUACAGCACAAACACCAGGAAAGAAGAGGCGAUAAUUACCAAUUUACCUGCAGUAUCUACACAAUAAAACACUUUAAUUGGACAGUUUUUUUAAAGUUCAGUAGGAAUGCCUUGUGCAAAACGUGAAGUUUAAUUAAAAGCACAAUUUUCAUCUGAUUAAAACUAAGAUGUAUUUCUAAGCUGUUUAUUGAUGUGCAAAACGUUAAACUUAAUUAAAAGCACGGUUUCAUCUGACUAAAACUAGGAUGUAUUUCUAGGCAGUAUUGGUUUCAUUUCAUCAUUUUUUUUCAAUUUAGUACUGUUAGUUUUUCUUUAUAUUUGUUAAAUUAUGAUUUAUUUUUAAAAUAAAUCACAAUAUCAUACCUUUAGAAAGUUGUUAGGCAUGUCAUCCUUGAAUAUGAAUUAUACUAGAACUAUCUUUGGCUUAUAUAGGUGGUAUAGUAACUUAAAAGGUUUAUUGCUCAAUAAAGUUCUUGCUGUCGUAAGGUUAACAAGUAUUAUACAUGGCUUCCACAAUGCAGUGUCUACGCACUAAUAUAUUGUAAGCAUAUCGACCGCAUCAAGUCAAUUUGUAUUUUAUUCGAAAGUUAUAUUAUCUGAUUUUGAAUGCUAUAAUAUCCCAUUUGUGGAAAAUGUCUAAAUUAUUUGCCUAAAUUGUGAAUGUAUUUUGUUGAGCAAUUAUUAAAAACUGUAAGUUAGAGCCAAUCAUAAAAUUCUCAAUUGGGUGUUACAGUAUUUAAAUUAUAAUUAAAAUACAUAAUUUUACUGGUUAUUGUAACAUUUGUCAAUUAGCUGUCGAAGUGAUGAUUAGCGAUCUGAACAUGAUUAGUAGAUAAGUAAUAAAUUUUCAUUCUUUAAUAAUUCUUUACAAGAA